AUGGUUUCACCGGAUUCUACCUACUUCUCCGGCAUUACAUCUGAUGUUAGUGAACAUCUCACCAAUGGUUUGUGGCUACAAUUUUGGUUGUCGGCAGAGCCGAAAUCGGCACCCUCGAUAAAACUUUUCACCAUUGCAUCAACAGAGGGCUUGCAUCUACGAUCCCACAGUGAUUCAGUUUUUGUGGCCGCGGAGCGGAUGACCUCUUGUGUUGAUACUACUACUCAUACAAAAUGUCGCUUUGCCUCGGAAACCACAGCAUCGAUUCUAAAAGCUGCGGAGCUCCAUCAAAAUCUGCUAAAUUUGCGGCUUUCUAUGAACCUGCUCUAUACAGAACGUUUUCAACUCCAGAAAGAACUUGAUGGGAUACUCAUGCGUCGUGAAAAUCUCCUUGCGGAGCAUCAAGAUCUUCAAAGUGCUCAAUCAUCUACAAUCGCUAAAUCCGAGGCUUUGGAUUUUACAUGGGUGCAGGUUGUAAGAGAGUUGGCACAGCUUUGCCGGCCGCCAAAUAUGCAGCGUCUUCUUGAACUUCGAAAAAGCUUGGUCCAGGAGUCCGAGAGGACUGCCAGGCUGCUCGAUGCUGCCAUCCAGGCCAAACACAGUGUCCUGGAUCCAGAUUCACUAGAGGCGAUUAAUAACCUUGUUAGGGAACACCGGAAAGAGCGUCAGAACAUCGCCAAUCGCCAGUUGAAAGCAUUGGAAGAACAGAUAGACCUUCUGAAGCAGUAUGAGGACAGUGUAACCGCUGCCAUGGCGGAAAACGCGCUUCAUUUGGUUAGCGAUGUGAAUGCGGAGCGGACGGUGGAGCGUGAGAACCUCGCGUUGCACUCUUGGCCUCGAAUUUGCCACAAUCUCAUCAUCAUCACUCCCACAGAAUUAAAUCAGGUAGCUCAACCACUCAAUGAGGCUCUUCCUAUUCAAAAUGCCUCACUACAGCACAGUAGGACCGGUAAAAAUCGGUCAAAAUCGGUACAUCUACAGCAAAGGCUACUGGAAUCGAAGAAUCGUCUCCGCACCUUUUUGAGUGCUGAACUUUCUCGAAAAGCUGCCCUUUUAGAAGAGAAGACUGGAAUAAAGCUACCGGAAGUGGAAGUCCCAUCUACAAAUGAGGCGAAUCGAAAAAUCCGUCUAAAAAUUUUACGUUUUGGGCUGGAGGAACGGAGGAAGAAACUGCAGCAUUAUGAAAACACGGCUGCAACACUUGCUGCAAAACUUGACUUCAUGAAGCAGGAAGCUCACAAGAAAAGUGUUUCAUUACUUGCUGAUCUCUUAACUUCAAUAGAGGUUCAACAGAAGAGCUAUCGAGAGUUUAGACACCAAGUUGAAAGAAUGCGCCGUGAAUUGGAUGAGACGAAGGUGAGUUCGGAGGAGAGUACGGAGGUGACGAUUGAGGAGAGAAACCAGAAACUCGGGGCUCUGACAGCUAAAAUUAGUGCUAUUAAAGCAGAGAUCUGCCAAUUGAAUGCACAACCCGCUCUCGCAUAUCAGCAACUCGAUGCCACUAAAAAAGAAAUGGAAAGUGCAAUCUCGGAGGCGAAGCAGACUUGCACCCGAAUAAAGUCGAAAAUUCGGAAACGAUACAAAAUGUUGAAGAGUCUUCGACCUAUGGAAGUGGAAGUAUCUGCCCGACUUCAAAAACUGGACGAUUUGAAUCACCGUUUUUCUGCUGUUAGUAAACGGCUUGAAUUCGCCGAAAAUUUGAAUCGAAAAACACAGGAAGCACUAGCUCGGCAAGAGUUGAGAGUGGAGGAUGCAAAGUUGAAGUUCAAUCGAGUGAAAGAAUUGUACGCUGAAGAAAAACGCGCCCAAUUGGGGCGCAUGAGGGAACUAGAGAUGGAAAAGGAGGAGUAUAUGGAAAAAUUGAUGUGCCUCAAUCGCAAACUCGAUCGGCUGGGCAGGCAAAAACUCUUCAAAGGUGUUCAAGGUGCCUACAAAUGGCUCAUGGCAAGCUUUGACGUUCAGGAACCCGAAGAGGAGGAGGAAAUUGACGAAUUUGUUGGAAAACGGUGCACCAUUUUCUGUCAAGAGAUUAAACGUCUGCAACAACACUCCGCGUGGCUGGAGGAAAACUUGAAAGCUGUGCAAUCGAAAUCCCUCAGUCGUCAACGUAUUAGUGCAAUUAAAGCGGUGUUGGAUCGCGGAGGGCCUCAAACAACGUCGACUAACGUGACAAAAAGGAGUCUUAAUCGAUCUACGCGACCUCGUCCAAUCAGUGUGAUUGAGACCGGCACCAAAUCGAUUGCUCGUCCCAUCACACCGGGACCACUCACAGUGCCUAGUCACAUAGAGAGUCGACGCCGGAUGAUGGGCUUUGGGAAUCCAACUCCAUCGCAGGGGGCUCCUGCCGUUUCUGCCACUCAACGCCGCCUGGCCUACUCGCAAAGUCUUCGAGAGAAACACAAAACUAGCAAAACAUCACUGGCAUCACAUUCCUUUCAACGUGAAACACCGACUUCGGCAUCCUUGUCGUUCCGCACCACAAUACCCCUCAUCUACACGGCCUUUCGGAGUACAAAAUGCACCGUGUCGAGAACAUUCGAUGGUGCUAUCUAA